ACAGUUAUUGUGAGCGGGCAGUUUGAUCGUCCACGUUUUUCGGCGCCGUUUAAUCUUAGGCAUAAUGGUAAAGUACUCGUGGGAACCCAAGGAUGAAGAUGAAAGUAAAACUUGCAAAGCAAGAAUCCCGUAUCUAAGGACUCAUUUCAAAAACAUGCAUGAGUGUGCUUGUGCAGUAAAGGGGAUGACUCUCCAGCGAGCUCAAACUUACUUGAAAAAUGUCAUUGAGAAAAAAGAGAUCAUUCCUUUCCGACGAUUCAAUGGUGGCGUUGGUCGUCAUGCUCAGGCAAAAGUCUGGAAAACAACUCAGGGUAGAUGGCCUAAGAAGUCAGCUCAGAUGCUUCUUCAGCUUCUGCACAAUGCAUUCAGCAAUGGUGUAUACAAAGAUAUAAAAGGAGGAGAAGCCAGUCGUUUGUAUAUCAAACACAUCCAGGUAAACCAAGCACCUAAAAUGCGACGUCGUACUUAUCGUGCCCAUGGUCGUAUAAAUCCUUACAUGUGCUCACCAUGCCAUGUAGAAGUCAUACUUGCUACGAAAGAUGAUAUUGUCCCUAAGGUCCCUGCAGCUGCACCACAGUUAGUAAAGAAGAAGGAAUCUAAGAAAAAGAUGAAGAAGCAACUAAUGAAGGAGAGUGCUGGUUUUUAAUUAUCUUAAUAUACAUGAUUGGAUAAUUCAACAAUUUCUGGUAUUCUUGACUCAUGAGGUAAACUAUAUCAAUACGAACUAGGAAUCUGACCAAUGCGUAAUAAGUUUUCAUAUUAACUGUUUCUACUUUGCGAGCAAAGCUGUUGUCACGUACUGUAACGUAAAAGUGGUAAAUUUAUUACAAUCUUCCUACUGUCACUUC